UUUUAAAAUAAUAUAAUUAAGCGUUUUUAAAGUUAAAUAAUUAUAAUUUAAAGUUAUAAUCCGUAAGAUUUUAGUCCUGGUUGAUUUUGGCAACAACCCGUGGUUGCCGUGGUUACAGCAAGUGCUUGAGCCGCUGUUUUGUCAGAACUACAACAGGAGAGCGACUGCUAUAUCUGUUUACAGCACAGCCAAACAAACUUCUGUUUGUUCAAGACAAGAAAAUGGCAAAAUGAUAAAAUUGUUUUGUAUGUGCAUUUUUACCGAUCAGCUGUGGUCAGUGCUAACCUUGUGACAAAAAAAACUUGCAUUUCCUGUGGUUACUUCACAAUAAAAGCCACCACGCAUUUCACACUGCAGUCAAGUCAGCCUCCACUUCGAAAAACACGGUCAAACUAGCCCCCAUGUUGUUUUGCGGUACGUGUAUGUACUAGGCAUUACGGUAAUUAAGAGCGUGUCAGAACUGAUUUCAAAAUAAAAGCAACAUCCAGUGAAAGUGAUAGGCAAUUUCACAUUCAUUCUAUAAAUCCGUCGGUCAAUAAUAAAUAGAAAUAAAUAAAUACAUAAAUAUUAAAUAAAUAAAAUGAAUGAUAAUAAAAUAGAACUACCGCCUGCAAACUGUAUUUCAGAGAAAUAUUGAGCCUUUGAAAUUCCUUAGAGGGUUAGUCAAACCUAAUAAUAAAGAAUACAUUUCCAAAGACCAAUCUGACUUCAAAAUGACCGUACGCCACCUCAGAGUGUCAUUGAGAAACUUCCUGUUUCCAGAGACCAAUUUCACUUCAAAUCGCAGACCACCCCAGAGUGUCACUCAGACAAUAUUAGUCCAUUCUGAUGUGAAAUUUCAAAAUAAAGCCCUCUAAAAUGUCUUAUAAAGCAAUAUUUAUAACUCAGACUCAGUUUAAUAUUAAAGUACACAUCCUGUUGCCACAGAGCAAUUUCACUUCAAAAUGACCGUACACCACCUCAGAGUGUCACUCAGACAAUAUUAGGCCAUUCUGAUGUGGAAUUUCAAAAUAAAGCCCUCUAAAAUAUGUUAUUAAAGCAGUAUUUCAACUCAGAUUCUGAUUGUUAUUAAAAGGAAACCUCCUGUUUCCAGACUAAUUUCACUUCAAAAUGAUAGCAGACCACCUCACAGUGUCAUUUAGACAAUAUCAGGGCCUUCUGAUUUGAAAUUUCAAAAUUAAAGCCCUCUAAAAUGUCAUAUGAGCCAUGUUCCCUCUGAAUUCAGAUUUAAAUUAAACAGAACAUCCUGUUUCCACAGACCAAUUUCACUUAAGAAUGAUAGCAGACCACCUCAGAGUGUCACUCAGACAAUAUCAGGAUACUCUGAUAUUGAGGGAACAUCCAGUAGCUCAUAUGACAUUUUCAGAUUGUCCAUGCUUGCUUGACUGCAGUCAUUUCACCAGGUGAACACUUUUAAUGUGAAGCAGCAGGAAAUUUGCAUUCGCAGUAUACAGCUCUGAUACAGUGAGGCCAAUAUCAGUUAAAUGUUAUCAGUCAAAAUUACAAACAACGGUAACGCUGGAUUAUCUGUUGUAUCGUUUCCUGGUAAUCUCUUGUGUGUAAAUAGGCAAUUUGAAUCCGGCGCGCGAAUGGUGGACUCCACUAAAAAAAAAAAAAAACGUACAAAAUGCUAACCAUGAAUAGUACCAAAAACUGGGUUUGAUUUCAUUGAAAUUGGAAGGAUUGUGGCUUUAAAAGGUGGCGUGUGUUGUUUAUGUCUACCUGUCAGCUUGUCUUUAUACUGUGUCUGUCCAUUCACUUGUAAGUAGGGCAAGUCUAUCGACCACGUUUUUCUCUUUUAGUGUCUUACUGUUUGUCAGUUGUUGCAUGUUCACCUUCCUGCUUGUGUUUUUAAGUGUUCUCUAUUUAGUGUAUUUCAUAAACAUCCCACGUAUGGUAAAUGUGUCUAUUGAUUAUACCGUAAAGGGAAUGGGUAGAUCACACAGCCUGAUCAUUAUAGUACAUUUCAAUGGACUCCACAGUUUGAGCUACACUUUCCCGGUGAAAGGAACGAUAGUAUCGUUAUGUUUUGUACAGGCCGUCAUUUUCACUUCCUGUCAUUAUUACUAUGAAAACAUGUAGUGAAUCUGACUGCGAUGUAAAUAAUUGUAAUCAUUUUACCUCUAUAAAGGAAGCCGUGGCUUCGUUUGAGAAGAAGCCGUAGCAGCACAAAGAGGACUGACUCGUAGGGUUUGUUUGUCAGGGACGAAGCGUAGCCCCCCUUCUGCGACAGCAAGACAAAUGGAAACCACCAGCUCAUAUUUCCCAGCAUGACUCGUUGUCAGAGAGAAUGAUCUGAAAAAUGGAAAAGUAGAGAAAGGAGCUGAGAUACCAUUAUUAUAUAAGGGUCAUAAAAAUAGGACCAUUACCAUCAAGGACACCAUUAUAAGAGGGCAUUUAUUCAUCAUCAUCAUCAUCAUCAUCAUCAUCAUCUGCUGCCUCUGCUCCCACCCCACCGCCAUCAUCGUUUCCCCCUCAUCAUCAUCAUCAUCAUCAUCAUCAUCAUCAUCAUCUUCUACCCUCAUCAUCAUCAUCAUCAUCUCCCCUCAUCAUCAUCAUCAUUAUCAUCAUCAUCAGCAGCAGCAGCAGCAGCAGCAGCCUCACCAUUAUAGUCAUCAUCAUUAUCAUUAGGCUCAGUAAUCAUCCACGAGGGGUUUCCACGGGGCAGGAUAAAAGGGCAGUCUCCACUCUCGCCUUCCUCACAUCCUGCCUCGGCGUCUGUGGAGGAAGGUUGUUUUUUUUUCUUCUGGCUUGUUCGCUUUCAGAAAGCACACACUGAAGAGAGGAAGAGCGCUGUGUCUUGACGUUGUGAAGCUUUUUCUUUCCUACCCUCUGUGGAAAAGGGUUUUGUUGUCUUUUUAUCGCCUGAAAACCUCAGCUCAAAAGCAAUUGACCUUGCAGGUAGCACUAAGUAGCUGCUGAGAUCGGUUUCUCUGUGUAUCCUCUGGGUGAUGAGGAGAGCCCUGCCUACAGCCAACUCAGCAUGGAAAGUGAAACAGACAACUCGCACAGCACAACUGACAACGGGAGGGAAGACGAGGGCGGCUCAGCCCAGUCCGAGUCCAGUUUUCCUCCCUACCUGUCGUGCAGGGGCUGCGGACAGCUCCGCGAUGAACCUCUCGGACCUGGCAUAGACCUGGUUGGUCCGUACUGCCUUCGGUGCUGCAAAGCCUCCAGGGACGCCAAAAGCACAGACUUUUGUUCAGCUUUUGGGAACAUCGGCGGGAUUCGCCCGGGCUCCCAUUUGCAGCUCGACGCUGAAGAGAUGGACGACAAAGCAAUGUCAGCUGAGGACAAAUUGUCCAAACUGCAUUCUUGCCACCUCUGUGGCUUCUCCUCACGUUACGCCAACCACGUGAAGCGUCACAUGAAGACUCACAACGGGGAGAAGCCCUUUAACUGCCCCUUGUGUACGUACGCCUCGGCCCAGCUGGUGAAUCUGCAGAGACACUUGCGCAUUCACACGGGGGAAAAACCGUACAAAUGUGACAUCUGCAGUUUUGCCUGCAGUUCCCUUGGCAACCUAAAGAGGCAUCAGCGCAUGCAUGUGCCCUCUGCAGGGGCGGGACAGGACCCCACGCCACGACCUGCCAGUGGCCAAAACAGCCUGAAGAGGCAUGUGACUGGGCAAAGACCCAGUGAAGAAGUGUCUGGUCCUUCAGCCAAGGUUUCAGAAGUUGCGAGGCCAACUUCAAACCAGAGUCUGGGAGCCCAGAACAAUGACUACCUAUCAGCCUUUGAUGGCUUAAAGGGGGCUUCAACUCCACCCGUACCCGCCUCUAACCCAGCUCCUGGCCACCAACCUCCACCCCAGCUGGACAACACAGGCAGCGGUGGCAGCAGAGCGACCAGAGGGGGCGUAGCAGACGGCGCCGCCGCCCUCCCCACGUCACUUUUCCCUUAUACUUGCCGGUUGUGUGGCAUCGUCCUGGAGGACGAGGACGGCACCUCGGCCCAGAUUUGUGCCAAGUGUACCCUUGAAAUGCUGACUAAAGACUCCUCGUCUCCCAACAGCCCUGGCGAGCGCAGCGACAAGGUGUACACCUGCGCUGCCUGCCCGUUCCUCACACACUACCCGAACCACUUGGCACGCCACAUGAAAACUCACAGCGGCGAGAAACCCUACAAGUGCCCACAGUGCGACUACGCCUCAGCGCACUUCGACAACCUCAAGCGCCACCACAGAGUGCACACGGGCGAGAAACCUUACAAGUGCCAUUUGUGCGAUUACGCCUGCGGGAACCUGGCCAACCUGAAGCGCCACCAGCGGGUGCACUCGGGCGCGAAGCCCUUCCAGUGCGCCGUGUGCAGUUACAGCUGCAACCAGAGCAUGAACCUGAAGCGGCACAUGCUCCGGCAUACGGGAGAGAAGCCGUACAAGUGUCAGGAGUGCGGCUACACCACCGGCCACUGGGACAAUUACAAGAGGCAUCAGAAGAAACACGGCCUGGCCACAGACGGCUGGGUCAAAGUUCCAAUGACUGGCAACGGUGAAGAAGCGGAAGUGAGGAAAGGGAUGGGAGCUGGCGGUCCAGCUCACAGAAAAGAGACGGGGGUUGAUAUGCAGUAUAUGCCUCGGGAGGGAGGUCAGACAAUACACUCGUGCUACAAACUUGAGAUUGUAUAGAAUAUAACUCAGCAAAACUAAGCUACCAGCAACUUGUUUUUUUUCACAGAGCCUUUAUAUUGUUUUAGUGUGUGUCGGUCUUUUAGUGUUUGGUCAGAUGUCUUCAGAGGCUGCUAAUUGUUUAUUUGUAGAAUAUCGCACAAUUAUGAAACAAUAUUUUCAUCCCUUUUUUGUAUUGUGUCGAGACAAAUGGGCUUUCUCUACCGUGGAAGCCCUUUGACGGUCUUAUUCUGUACGUUACACCACACUAGGCUAAUUCUACCAUUUCCUUUAGGGUUGGGCGAUACGGAGAAAAUCAAAUAUCACAAUAUUUUUGAUCAAAUACCUUAAUAUUGCGACGAUAUUGUAGGAUUGACUAUCGGUGCUUCCACAAAAUAUUUAACACAAUGAGAUUUUUGAUAAAUAAUCAUCAGUAAUGUGGAUAUAAUGACUAAGUGAGUAAAGGCAAAUAAUAGAACAGCUAGAACAGUCCGGUAAGUUCAGAAAAAUACAACACUUUACUUUAAUGCAGCUUUUAAAACCAUGAAAAGACAACACUUAUGCCAUGUUACGAUAUCCAAAAUCUAAGGCGAUAUCUAGUUUCCUAUCACGAUAUCGAUAUAAUAUCGAUAUAUUGCCCAGCCCUAAUUUUCCCUCUCGUAUUACAACACACAUCUGGUUCUUCAUUCGAGGACACUACCAAAUGCUCCUAUUACAUGUGCACAUUUUUGCCUGAACUGUUGAGCAGCACUGUGUAGAUUUAUGUGUUUUUUUUAAAUAAGGGACAAUUGCUAUUUUUAUCAAAGUUGUUAGUAUCACAAUUUUAGGUUAAACCUUUUUUGUUUUGUACCAAAAAUCUAAUGAAAUAACUUGAAUGUUACUGAUAGAUGACCACAUUUACCUUUGCUUUGCUUCAUGAGGUUAUUUUAACUACACAGUGCAGAUUUUAAGUAAAGAUGGAUCCUCGUAAGGGCCAAUACUGUGCUUAAAUUGUUUGCAUUGGGGGCACAAGCUCUGGUAAUGGCAUGCCUUCAGAUUAAUUUUUCUUCUGUAUGUGCUACUAGCAAAGUGCUAUUUAAUAAGACUGGACGUGUUUUACCCUUGAUAACCUAUAUUGAUUAAUUAGGUUGCGCUAACCUAACUAAAUAAUCUCCUGUGUCAUGAACUGCAUUGUCAUCUUUGCCAAACCCCCUCAGGAUUAUAUUUGUGAUUUGGAAGACAAAAUGUCAAAACAAAUAUAUAUUUCUGGUUAUUUUAACACUCAAAUUGCAUGCACAAGCAUUUUGAAAAGGCCCUCUUCAAUCUUCACUUGGUUGUAUGGUUAAAGAAAAAGCACAAUCAUACACACACUGUUGCAUUUAGAAGAGUUAAAACGAAGUGUGGAGGGGGAAAAAACAUUAGCUGACGUUUCUUAUGUGAUUCAGGAGCAACAAAUUGUAAACUAGCAUGUUAAAAUGAUUUUUUUUCCCCACAAUCUUGUACUCACAACAUAUCAUUAAUCUGUCAAUUUUAAUCAUUUUUGGUCUUUUUGAUUACUGCUUACUAUUGACUGUGAAAUUAGCCCAUUCGUGUUUUUUUACUUGAAAAAGAUGACACUAUUAGUAAGCAGCAUGUGAGUGUGUAAUAGUUGUUUUAUUUUUCUAAUGUGGCUGUAAUACACUGCUAGAAGUGCAUACUUUAAUAUAUAUAGAAUUGUUUUUUUUUAUUAUUUUGAAUGUGUGAUGUGUCAUUUAGUUCCCAAGGGAUAAAUAAUAGGGACUGUGAUUUAAGUUUACGCUCUUUUUAAAUUACUAUUAUAUGCAAGUGAGAUAUUUUUCAGGUUGCCAACUUGCCAUGACACAAUGGAGCAUUGAUUAGUACUGACAUCCCCCAAAGUGUCUGUUUUUGUCUUUAUGCAGUGUCUCAUAAAUGCCUUAAGUGAGGAUUUUGAAAUAAACACAUGGAAUUCAUUUCAUUGAAUGUCA